AACCGUUUGGCUCUUUCUCCACAAGCAAGCAACCUUACAAUGUAUCCCAAUUGCUUUUCAAUCUAAUUUUUUUAAGGAUUUAUCAAAUGCUACACUUAUGUAAUCAAAACACAUCGCUCAUUUGGGAUUUUAACUAUCAAGCCGCCAUCUCGGAGUAGAUUUAUAACUCUUUAUUGUGACUAUAUUUUAGAAAAUAGAGGUGGAGGAAGAGAUUCCAUAUAAGGAGCACAGCAGAGAAGGCACCCGUUGUGUGAUCUGGACAGUUUAAACUGAAAAGGGAUUACUGUCAGUUAUCUGAAUGACACUCGGGCACAUGGUGCUGAGACUGGUGGACUGUACACUUUCAAAACAUAUUUGUUGUGAAAACAGACUUACUACUGUGGCCUAUGUCCUGUUUGCUGACCUCAUGGUGUAACCAGGUGUAAAGAUGAGCAUAAGCAGUGAUGAGGUCAACUUUCUUGUGUACAGAUACCUACAGGAGUCAGGAUUUUCCCACUCAGCCUUCACGUUUGGCAUAGAGAGCCACAUCAGCCAGUCCAACAUCAAUGGAGCCCUGGUGCCCCCUGCUGCCCUCAUCUCCAUCAUACAGAAGGGCCUGCAGUACGUGGAGGCCGAAGUCAGCAUUAAUGAGGACGGUACGCUGUUCGACGGACGGCCGAUCGAGUCCCUGUCGCUCAUCGAUGCGGUAAUGCCGGAUGUGGUGCAGACACGGCAGCAGGCCUACCGAGACAAGCUGGCCCAGCAGCAGGCAGCCCAGGCCCCCCCGGCCACCACCACAAACUUGACGGCCAAUGCCAAGAACGGAGAGAACACGGCCAACGGCGAGGAGAACGGAGCUCACACCUUAGCUAAUCUUGCACAUGCUGAUGAGGUGCUCUCUGUGUGCCAUACAGACAACCACGUCGACAUGAUGGAGGUGGAUGGGAAUGUGGCGAUUCCCCAGAACAAAGCCUUGGUGCUCCGAGGUCACGAGUCAGAGGUGUUCAUCUGCGCCUGGAACCCUGUCUCCGACCUGCUUGCCUCCGGGUCUGGGGACUCGACGGCACGGAUCUGGAACCUGAGUGACAGCAGCUCCACACAGCUUGUACUGAGACACUGCAUACGGGAGGGAGGUCAGGACGUCCCCAGCAACAAAGACGUCACAUCAUUAGACUGGAACAGUGAGGGUACGUUACUAGCAACCGGCUCAUAUGAUGGAUUUGCCAGGAUAUGGACAAAGGAUGGUGAUCUUGCAAGUACCCUGGGUCAACACAAAGGUCCCAUUUUUGCAUUAAAAUGGAACAAAAAAGGAAACUUUAUUCUUAGUGCCGGAGUAGAUAAGACUACAAUCAUAUGGGAUGCUCACACAGGAGAAGCAAAGCAGCAGUUCCCGUUCCAUUCAGCACCUGCUCUGGAUGUGGACUGGCAGAGCAACAACACGUUUGCCUCCUGCAGUACAGACAUGUGCAUCCACGUGUGUAAGCUUGGCCAAGACAGGCCUAUCAAGACAUUCCAAGGACACACAAAUGAAGUGAAUGCAAUCAAAUGGGAUCCAACCGGUAACCUGCUAGCCUCUUGCUCAGAUGACAUGACGCUGAAGAUCUGGAGUAUGAAACAGGACACAUGCGUUCAUGAUCUGCAAGCUCACAGCAAAGAGAUCUACACUAUCAAAUGGAGCCCCACCGGUCCUGGAACCAACAACCCCAAUGCCAAUCUGAUGCUUGCCAGCGCGUCCUUUGAUUCGACGGUGCGGCUGUGGGAUGUGGACCGAGGCAUCUGCAUCCACACGUUAACCAAACACCAGGAGCCUGUCUACAGUGUGGCCUUCAGCCCAGACGGCAGGCAUCUGGCCAGCGGCUCCUUCGACAAGUGUGUUCACAUCUGGAACACGCAGACUGGCGCUUUAGUCCAUAGUUACAGGGGGACAGGGGGGAUCUUUGAAGUUUGCUGGAAUGCAGCAGGUGACAAAGUGGGAGCAAGUGCAUCAGAUGGAUCUGUUUGUGUAUUAGAUCUGCGGAAAUAACACUGCUUGUUGGAAGCCAUGGACCGACAAUGAAUGUGUACAUAGCCAAAAUGACUGUCCCUGCGCCAUGUACUGCUAGUCCCGCUUAAACCAUGGCUGGCCACUACAGACCAGAAACAAGCCCCCCGACACAGCAGAUUCAGGAGCAAGGACACGCUCUGUGCAGCAAGUCGUUAGGACCAGAGACAUUAAAGGGACACAGACAAAAAAAUGUAAAUGAAGAAAAAAAAAGCAGAUCUGUAUAUGUACCAACAUUUGGAAGCUAUUUUGCUUUUUGAUCUUUAAACCAUGCUCAUCAAGACAAAAAAAUAUGUUUUAACUUUAUUGGUAGUUCAGUCUCUGUGUGCUGACAUAUAUCGGCUUUCCAAUCCAGUGGCCGGCAGUUAGGUUUUUAACAAAAUCAUUUAUAUUAUUUCAAUAUUUAAGUUUAUAUUUUUUGGGGUCACAAGUGGAGGAGUCAUCUUUUUAUACACACUCACAAAACUGUUCUUUGAAGAAAAUCAUAUUUGGUAGUGUACGCUUUGUGGUUCAAAACAAUAUCGGGACUUGAAGAAAUGUCAUUUUUUCAAUUGUAGUUUUUACUGUUGACAUCUAAAUGCAGUAGUUUUUUUAUUUAUUUUUUCUAAAGAAUACAUUGUUUCUCCUGACCAUAAUAUGAGUACAAAUUAACAUGGGCGCACAUGAAAGAAGAGGCAUUAUACAUCUAGAUGCUUUAAAGCCAUGUUUAUGGUUGGUUUGUGCACAAUCGAUGGCGCUAGAGAAACAUUCCAUGAUUCCCUCCUGGACAAAGCUGUACUGCUGUAGCUAUCAUGUGGAAACACAUCAGGUAUUGGAUCGGUUAAAGAAGAGAAGCAGACAAAUCAGUACCUAAUGACCCCCCCCCCCCCCCCCCUCUAGUGUGAAGGAUUGGAACUGUGAUGUCCACUGGACCUUUCACAACAGUGUUACCACUGGGGAAACGGAGGCCCCCUUUACAACAUAUAGCAAAAAUAAAGACUUGCUUUAAGUUUUGUAUUCUUCUAAUGACUACUUAGCUGAUAAUGUGUUUCUCUUACUGAUUAUUUUCAAGUACAUUUCAUAUUGCUGAUUUAUCAUAUUUGUGCCCAUUAGGGUUUUACUCAAAAUGCUUUACAUUUUUAUAAGGCAAAGGUUUUUUUAUUCCUGUAGAUAAUUUCCCACAAUAGAUAUUGACAGUGGUUAUUUGGAUCACAAACAAGCAAUGCUGUUUUCAGUAGAAAAAUUUCAUCUUAAAGCAAGUCUGGGUGUUGGGCUAGGAAUCAGACAUCACAUGGAGUAACAUACACCAUAUACAUUACUACAUUAAGUAGUUAAAAUGUUAACUGAAUUUGAAGCAGUCAUGCAACACUGUGUGGUAUAAUUGUACAUUCAUGUAAAUGUAUCUUUUCAAAUCAUUGUGAGCAGAGAAGUCCCCAACUGGUCAGUAAGCAAUCGACAGUUACAGUGGCUUGUGAAAGUAUUCACCCCCCCCCCCCCCUUGGCAUUUUCCCUAUUUUGUUACCUUACAACUUGGAAUUAAAAUAUAUUUUUUUUGGGGGGGGGGGGGGUUGUAUCAUUUGAUUUACACAACAUGCCUACUACCACUUUGAAGAUGCAAAAUAUUUUUUAUUGUGAAACAAACAAGAAAAAAAAAACUUAACUUGAGCAAUUACAGCUGCAAGUAUUUUGGGGUAUGUCUCUAUAAGCUUGGCACAUUUAGCCAUGGGGAUUUUUGCCUUUUCUUCAAGGCAAAACUGCUCCAGCUCCUUCAAGUUUGGAUGGGUUCCGCUGGUGUACAGCAAUCUUUAAGUCAUACCGCAGAUUCUCAAUUGGAUUGAGGCCUGGGCUUUGACUAGGCCAUUCCAAGACAUUUAAAUGUUUCCCCUUAAACCACUUGAGUGUUGCUUUAGCAGUAUGCUUAGGGUCAUUGUCCUGCUGGAAGGGGAACCUCUGUCCCAGUCUCAAAUCUUUAAGACUGAAACGGGUUUCCCUCAAGAAUUUCCCUGUAUUUGUAUAACCGCCAUCAUUCAAUUCUGACCAGUUUCCAAGUCUCUGCCGAUGGAAAAACACAGCAUGAUACUAUGCUUCACUGUGGGGAUAUUGUUCUCGGGGUGAUGAGAGGUGUUGGGUUUGGCCAAAAAGCUCAAUUUUAGUCUCAUCUGACUAGAGUACCAUCUUACAUUUGUUUGGGGAGUCUCGCACAUGCCUUUUGGCGAACACUUAUUUUUUUUCUUUAAGCAAUGGCCACUCUUCUUUUUCUGGCCACCCUUCUGUAAAGCCUAGCUCUGUGGAGUGUACGGCUUAAAGUGGUCCUAUGGACAGAUACUUCAAUUGCCGCUGUGGAGCUUUGCAGCUCCUUCAGGGUUUCCUUUGGUCUCUUUGUUGCCUCUGAUUAAUGCCCUCUUUGCCUGGUCUUUGAGUUUUGGUGGGCGGCCCUCUCUUGGCAGGUUUGUUGUGGUGCCAUAUUCUUUCUAGUUUUUAGUAUUGGAUUUAAUGGUGCUCUGUGGGAUGUUCAAAGUUUCUGAUAUGUUUUUAUAACCCAACCCUGAUCUGUACUUCUCCACAACUUUGUCUCUGACCUGUUUGGAGAGCUCCUUGGUCUUCACAGUGCCGCUUGCUUAGUGGUGUUGCAGACUCUUUGGCCUUUCAGAACAGGUGUAUAUAUACUGAGAUGAUGUGACAGAUCAUGUGACACUUAGAUUGCACACAGGUGGACUUUAAAGAAUUCUGAAGGUAAUUGGUUGCACCAGAUCUUAUUUAUAGGCUUCAUAGCAAAGGGGGUGAAAGCAUAUGCACGCACCACUUUUAUGUUUUUUUUAUAUAUAUUUUUUCCAUUUCACUUCACCAAUUUGGACUAUUUGUGUAUGUCCAUUACAUGAAAUCCAAAUAAAUAUAUAUUUAAAUGACAGGUUGUAAUGCAACAAAUAAGAAAAAUGCCAAGGGGAAUGAAUACUUUUGCAAGGCACUGUAAGUCAUUUUGGAUGGACUUUUUAACAAUUUCAUUUGAAAUGGGACAAAUCUGAAUAUUCACCAAUUACUUUCUAGAUAUCCAGUUAAAUGUAGUGUUUUUAAAACAAAGCAAGCCAUUCUAAUUUUAACGAUUGCAGAGUGAGGUUUCGCCUUGAUAGAACUGUGAGGAUCCAGAAGCAACUGCGAUGGCCAGGAUUCCUUGUCCCCCUUGUUUAAGCCUUAUAUCUUAAGUUUAUUUUUUAAGGAUAUCGCUAGACAUAGGGCCGGAUGCAUAGGCCCAUAUGAAGCCUACUCCUGGUCUUAUAAAGCACUUUCAAUGGAAACAUUGAGGAUGUUUUAGUCUUUGAGUAGGUUUAAUCAGGGUCUGCAAUUGUCCCAUAAAGUUGCAUUUUAUACAAAGUGUAGACCUUUUAAAUCUGUAUAAACCGUCUACUCUAAGUAGAUUGCACCAUCUGGACACUAUUUAUUAUACAGUCCAUGACAGUGGAAAGGUAUUUGAGGUUUUAUUUUAUGAUAAAUCUGCUGUCUUCGUGUCUGCUUUGCCCUUCAUUUUCACGACCUGAAUUCUAAUCAUAUUUUUAUGAUGUGUAUGUCCCCUGGACAUUUUGUACUCUUUUAAAACUUUUGUAAUUCAUAUUUCUUUGUAGCCUAAAGGAGUCAAAUGUAUGAUUAUUGGGGAUACUCAAGUACUGUGUGUUCCAGUUUAAUUAUUUUUUGGGUUCCACAUUGCAUCAUGAGUGCCCACACCCCACCCUUGGUUUCUCAAGUUUUGUUUUUGCAGAUUCUCCUUACAUUGCAUUGAUCUGUUGUAAUUUUAACCAGAUCUGAAAAAAGUCCAGAAUAAAAUAUAUUUUGAUAUUAAUA